AGCACAUGGGAGCAGGCUAAUAAAUUAAAUAUUGUUUACAAUUUUAGUGUUUUUUUGAUGUGCAAAAUUGAUUAGUUGGACUCGAUAGUAAAUAUACUUGUGCAGUAUGUCGUCACGGUCACGAAAAAGUAAAACUCCGACUACUGAAGAGGCAUUACAACGCGUAAAAGAUCUUUGUUCGCUACACUCGAAUUCGAAGCUGAAAAGGAAAAGGAAGCCUGUUCGGUUUGAAAUUAACACCGAUCCAAAAACAGGUCUUCGUCAUUUUAAGGGAACAUAUGAUCCCUCAAAAGGAUCUAGACGCAAAGAUGCUGCAAUAUCUGGUGAGUGCUCAAGCGACAUGUUUGAUGACCGUGACUUUAAUAAUGAGGAAAUCCAAGUAAAUCAAGAAAAAAGUCUGGAUGAUUUGAUUGGUUAUUGCAAAACCCUUUUGGAAUCAUUGCCUGUCACAAAACCUGAAGAAUCAAAUUGGUCUAAGAGGAUGACCAAUAUGCAGGAAGAUUGGACAAAGUCAAGAAGUUCACUCUUUAACUGGGUAGUUUCUAAUGAAAAUCACCACUCAGAAAGAUGUUCGUUCUGUUUUGGAAGUGAUGCCAAUAUAAGAUGUCAUCAAUGUGGUCUAUCAUUCUAUAUAUGUAAUGUCUGUGAUAGUAGAAUACAUUCACAAAAUCCUUUCCAUGACCGUGAAAUAUGGAAUAGUAGGUGUUUUGAAGCUGUUUCACCUAUGGAAAAGGUUGAUGAAUAUAGCAGAAUUAGCUCAGAGAGAUUUCUACUUUUUGGCCCUGCAAAUUGUCCUUCAUGUGAGAAAGUGGAUUCUUUGACAUACCAUGCCAAAAAAGAGACAAUAACUGUUGUAAAUACUAAUGGUCGAUUCGAUUUCAACAAAUAUACAACAAAAUGUGUUAAUUGCAGUUUGGUUUGCGAACCGUUAUCCAAUCUUCAAUUGAUUUUGCAAAAUGGUUAUUGGCCUGGCAGUGUGGGAUCAUCUCUGUCAUAUAUCUUUGACCAAGAUUUAUUUCGUUUGUGGGACAUAUUUCAGAAAAGAAUGCCAGGAACAUCACAGAAAAGUUUUCUGGAGGGAUUAGAAGAAUUUUCAUUGAGCAAAGGAAGGAGUGGUAUUAUCAACCCAACUAUAUUCUCCAUUGCAUUCAAAGAGUGGAAGUAUUGUCAAUUUGAAAUAGAAUCCUUAAAGGGUAUGAAUUGGAUGGAGUGCCCUUGUUGUGAAAAAGAGCAGCAUUCAUGCCAUGUUGAUGGCAAUAUGAAACUCUAUCGUUAUAAACAUUCUGGCUUGUCACGGUCCCAGUGCUAUUAUGGAAAUGUUUUUAUUGCAGACAACAAUGAUGUUAAACAACAUCUGCAACAAUUGUAUCAAGGAGAUCUGGGUGUACAAGAAAACAAAUGUGGAGAGACAACAUGGAAAGCAGCAAGAAACAAGAAUUUCAAAAAAGCUAAGCUAGAUGAAACAGGGUUGGACAUUGCUGGCUGUCGACAUUCUGUUGCUCAAUUUGCUGUCAACAUGUUUCAAGGAGAAUUGUAUGGCUAUGCACAUUAUAUUCUUGCCAAAAAGUUCUUGGAAAAGCCACUAAACUUUUUCUGGCAGGAUAUAAUGUGUAAAUUUUGGAACUGGGCACAAAAAGCAGAUCCAGCAUUUAAUGGGUAUCAGAUCAAACCAGCUCUGUCAGUCAUGCAUGCCAAAGCACAUAACUGGACAUGUCAGGUACAACAUACAUAUUUGCUGUAA